CUAGCCGCCAAAGUUUCAAAUUGCUUUCGCCUUUCGCCUUUUCGCGCAGUGUGAUAAGCGAGGUGAUGUGAUUAAACAAAGGAAAUCAUGAGCUUCACAGAAUGCGACUCUCAGCAGCAGCUCGUGAACACAUCCUUUCUCGGCGGGUUAAGUCCAUUCAACCAGACUGGAUCGAUUUCUCUCAUCGAAAGAGUGAAGGAAAAGCUUCGAGAAAACACGAGGAAGUUGCUGUGCCUGCCCCUCACGCAGAACCAAACGCUUCCAGAUACACUCUGUGAAGACACGUUUUUCGGCCUGCCAAUUAUUGUGCGCAGCUUGAUCGAGUUGCACCACGGCAUCACACAGCUGUACGACUGGCAAAAGGAAUGCUUGAGCCUCCCUGCUCUCAGUCAGAGGAAGAAUCUCAUCUACUCGCUACCAACAAGUGGAGGCAAGACUCUGGUCGCCGAAAUCUUGGCCUUUAAGGAGAUACUGUGCUCACGCAAAAAUGUCCUCUUCGUUCUACCAUAUGUGUCCAUUGUUCAGGAAAAGGUGCGGUCCAUGUCGAGCUUUGGAGUGGACCUCAACUUUCUGGUGGAAGAGUACGCAGGCAGUAGGGGUGCGCUGCCGCCUCCCAAAAGAAGGCAGCGCUGCGCCGUCUACUUUGCCACCAUUGAGAAAGCGCACUUCCUGGUGGACUCGCUGAUCGAACAGAACAGGCUAAGCGAACUAGGCCUGCUUGUUGUUGAUGAGCUGCAUAUGCUGGGUGCUGGGAGCAGCAGAGGAGCCAUACUUGAAAGCACACUUGUCAAAGUCAAGCACAUCUCCCCACAAACUCAAAUUGUGGGCAUGAGUGCCACUAUUGGAAAUAUGGAUGACCUUGCUUCCUUUCUCGGUGCAGAAGUUUUUGUUGGAUCCUUUCGUCCGGUUGAGCUGAGGGAGUACAUCAAAGUGGAAGAUUACAUUUUUGAGCAGCAGGGAAAAUAUGAAGAGGAACCAUUUCGUCUUGUCCGCAAACUUCCCAAGCAAGGCCAGAUGCAGGACCCUGAGCAGCUGUCUCUUUUGGUAGCAGAGACGGUUCCACAGCACUCUUGUCUCGUCUUCUGCCCAACAAAGCAGAACUGUGAGAGCGUGGCUUUGCUUCUGGCUCGUUUCCUUCCUCAGUCAUUACUGAACCAUAAGCGUGAGCAGAAGGAAGCUCUGCUGCAGACGCUGCGUACAGAACUGGGCCAGGUCUGUCGGGUUUUGCGGCAGACUCUGCCCAUGGGUGUGGCCUACCACCACAGCGGACUGACGGUGGAGGAGCGCCGCAUUGUGGAGGAUGCGUACACUUCUGGCGUGCUCUGCUGUCUUACGUGCACCUCGACUCUGGCAGCUGGUGUCAACCUGCCAGCCAAGAGAGUGAUUCUCAAGUCGCCAUACACUGGCACCGAGUUCCUUACUCGGAGCGUCUAUCAGCAAAUGGCUGGACGUGCUGGGCGAGCAGGCAUGGACUCUUCUGGAGAGAGCAUCCUCAUUGUACCCAAUACAGAUAAAGAAAAGGUGCGGAAGCUUCUGGAGGCUCCAGUUGACAGCUGCUAUUCCAAUCUUCUUCAAGAUGAGCAGAAGGCCCUGAAAAUGUUGUUGCUCAGUUUGAUAGGACUGGAAGUUGCCAAGACCGAGGAUGCUCUUUCGAAAGUGAUGGAAGCAACCCUUCUUGCUCUACAACAACGAAAGGAGGGAAAAGAUCCACUGCAAACUCUUCACCAAGCUCUUGACGACCUUAGUAUGGCGGGCCUUGUCUUGAAACACAAUCCCAGGGGAGAGCUACGUGCUACCCCACUUGGCUGUGCUGCUUUCAAAGGCUUUAUAGACCCGGCCAUGGCAGGCACUCUGCAACAAGAGCUGUGGGCAGCACUAUCCGCCUUGUCCCUGCGAUGCCCACUACACCUGCUGCAUUUGGUCACCCCAAGGCAACUGCCCACUGCCAGGCUCGAUCCCCCAACCUACUAUCGCUUGUAUGGCGAACUGAAAGACAGCGAGCGCCAAGUGGCUGAAGUCGUAGGAAUAUCAGAAGCCCUUGUCACCAAACUGGCCAGUGGAGGCUCACUCAAGAUUGGUGAGCAGCAGCUGCUGCAGGGCUUCUACAAGACCAUGCAGCUGAAUGACUUGUGGCACCAGAAGAGUGUCUGGGAAGUGGCUGCCAAGUACAAAGAGCACAGGGGCCAGGUGCAGACGUUGCUGGCAUCCGCUUCCACUUUCGCUUCUGCACUGACCCACUUCUGUAAGGAGCUGCCCGAACUUUGGGCUUACAGGGUACUACUGCCAGAGUUCACGGAACACCUAUCAAACUGUGUCACCAUGGAACUCAUCCCUCUGAUGGAGCUGCCAAGCGUCAGGAAGGGCCGUGCCAGGCAGCUUCACAAGGCUGGGUUUCGUUCCAUAAUGGACGUAGCCUGUGCCGAUCCAAAGGAGCUGGCCGAGAAAGUGGGCCCCAUUUCAAGGAGGCAGUCCCGUCAGAUUGUUGAUGCAGCCAAGUUGUUGCUGUUGAAGAAAGCAGAGGAUCUUCAGGAGCAAGCUGAGCAAGUUCUACAGGGAAUGGUGUGAACAA